UCUUUCGAAUGAAAUAAUCGGAAACAUGAUCGAUUGAUUGAUUAAUUCUUUCUUUUUGAAAUUUCGUAAAGAAAGCGAAUAAAAAUUUUGAAGAAAGAAAAGAAAUUGGGGAGGAAAAGGAGAACCAUCGAUAUGAAAGAUUCGAAAAGAACAGAAUGGUGACGUAAUAUGGAUUCGAGGACAAGGAUCGUUAAAAGAAAUAGCGGUCAAAGAAAAAGAAGGAAAGGAAGCUAAAGUAGGAAGUGAAUGAGUAUAUACCUAAGAAGAAAAAUAGGAGAGAAAGAAAAUAGAAGAACGUAAACAAAAGAAAAAAAGAAAAAGAAAAAAAGAAAAUCGAUAAGAAAAUGAUGGAAACAACUACGGUUUAUUAUCAUAAUCGUUCAUAUAUUCAGAAUGAUACGAGCGACGAUGUUCCUAUGGAAUGUUAUCAAAAAAUCAAUGCUACUGGUCUCUUUGAUUUUAUCAUAUACGGUGUACUCAUAAAUUUCAUAGGUCUCUUCGGUAUUUUAGGAAACACUAUCUCGAUGAUUGUACUUUCGAGACCUCAAAUGAAAUCGUCGAUUAAUUAUCUUCUGAUUGGAUUAGCAAGUUGCGAUACUCUUCUUAUCAUUAGCUCGAUACUUAUUUUUGGAUUACCAUCGAUUUACGUUUACACCGGCUAUCUUUUUAAUUAUCAAUUCUUCGUUUAUCCGAAAAUAGUCAAAUAUUUAUAUCCAAUAUCGUGCACAGCGCAUAUAGCAACGGUGUAUUUAACGUUAACCGUAACAAUAGAACGAUACAUUGCCGUUUGUCAUCCACUCAAAGCAAGAUCAUUCUGCACAUGUGGUCGUGCACGUUUAGCAUUUCUAAGCAUCGUAACUUUCGCAACGAUCUACAAUAUUCCAAAACUUUUGGAAAUAGAAAUCUACACCGAGAAGCAUUGGAAAUACAACGUUGUCAUAUAUUGUUUACGGCCAGCACGUUUAAGGGAUAACAAUAUUUACGUAACCGUAUACGUCCAUUGGAUGUAUUUUUUUGUGUGUUAUACCAUUCCUUUAUUUGCUUUAAUCAUUUUCAACACGGCUAUUUAUCGACGGGUCAGGAAAGCGAACAGGGAUUUGCAACAACUGACGCAUCAUCAAAGACGAGAAAUUGGAUUGGCAACGAUGUUACUUUGUGUCGUAAUCGUCUUCGUUAUAUGCAAUAUUCUACCCCUUACCUCAAAUAUAUUCGAGACUUUUAUCUACGAUCCACCACGGUGGUUAGUUCAAGUCGGUAACCUGUUGGUGACUAUAAAUAGCAGCAUCAAUUUUAUAAUAUAUGUGAUAUUCGGAAGAAAAUUUAAACGAAUAUUUAUGAAACUUUUUUGUGGUUCGGGUAUAUUAUUUGGCCGUGAUAGAGACAGUCCCGAAUUUCAAACCCAUGAUGAGUCGAGCGUAACGAACGUUUCGAAUAUGACAAAUAUAGAGUUAAGAAAUUCUAUUAGACAUAAUCAUCUAAAUAGGACAAAUACCAUUGGUAGAAACAAUAAUGUUCACAUUACAAAUGGUGGAACUAGACAAAGCAUUAGAUUAUCGAAUAGACCAAACAGUCCAGGUACUCUUGUUUAUUAUCCCGCUUGUAAUUCAAUGAGAAAUCUAAACAAAGUCAUUAAAAUUUCUUCCGAUCAAAAUGGCUGGAAUAAAAAUAAUAAUAACGAUACUCUUAUGUAGUUUAUUUUUUUUUAAUUCUAUUCGAACAUGCUACGUCUAAAUAAAGAUAUUAUUAUGUUUAUGAAAACCUCACUUUUAUCUUCAUUGUAUAAUAUAGGUAUAUUUAAUAAAAAAGGGCAGUCAAUUUCAACAAAAAAUAAUUAAAAUUAACAAUCAUUAUCAUUGAAAUUAUGAUGAUGUCAUCGUACGAUUAGAUUCGAACGUAACUUAUGACAAAAAUGUCAUUUAUCUUUUCUAAAUUCUUUUGUUACUCAAAUAAUUAAUGAAAAAAAACCUUACGUCAUUAUUAUUAUACAACUAUCGAAUUGUUUAUGUUGCGCUAUGUUAAUGCAUUUGUUAAAGUAGAUAUACGUAUUCGAGUACGAUGGGCUGCCUUGUAUAAUAUUUUAUGCACUAAAAAUAUUUCAUAUCGAUAAAAAUCAUAACUCUUUUUUAUUCAUAAUCUCAAACACAGAUCUUUAUGAAUUUUGCCGAUAAUAAAAACAGUAUUAUUUAUAUUUAUUCAUCAUUUAACUCAUUGGAUAUAUCAUUGCAUUAAUAUAAAGCUAUUAAUUUUAUGUAAAAAUUUCAUAGAUAAAAAUCUCCUAUUUAUUCAUAUUUUCGAAAAUGUUCAUAUCUUACUACGGUUAUCGUUUUUGUAAUGUUGUAAAUAUUACAUUUAAAUGAUCACGUAUUAUUAAGAUAAUGAAAAACGAGACUGUAUGUUAGAGAAAUAGCUAGUAAUGCGGAUAUUUUUAAAUAAGUGCUAUGUAAAUAUAGCGAUUAUAUAUAUAGGAUAAAAAAUUAUAUAUAUAUAUAUAUAUAUAUACAUAUAUAUACAUAUAUAUACAUAUAUAUAUGUAAGUAUAUAUUCCAUGUAUAUUUAUAAAUUACACACGACGUUGCUAGAAAGUGUUCCAAAAGCAGAAUAUUUGUACAAAAAUCUAUAACAUCUAAUAACAUCUAUAAUACUAAAUGAAAAAGACUAUUAUGAAGAAUAUUAUAAAUUAAAUAUAUAUAUAUCAUCAAAUGAAAUAUUGAUUAAACUCUAUUUGUGAUUCGCAACGAAUUUUAAAAUUAUAUUUUCAAUGGUACAUCUAUAUAAUAUUUAAUAAUAUAUAACAUUAAACAAUGAUAAACUUUAUUUGUGAUCAAAACGUUAAACCUAAUUCAUUAAUAAAAAUCAAAGAAAUGUACAUAUACAUAUAAUUAUAUGUUAAUCUAACAUUACGAAUUCCUGCAAAACGAAGAUAUAAAUCAUUAAAUUAUUUCAUUUGUUUUGUUAAUACAAUUAGAUUUUUUAGAUCUAAUUAGAUUCUCAAUUACGGUAGAAAUUAAAAUAAUUGUCGAUAUUUGAAAUAUCUAUCUUAUCAUUCGUAAUUAUAUUAUUCGACAUAAUCUAAAAGAAAAACUACAUAAUCUAUUUAAAUGUUUUGUCCUCCAAUUUUUAAGAUAUCACUUAAAAUUAGAAUUAAGUGGAGGGAAAAAAUGCGCUCUCGUAAUUAUAUAAUAAAAUUAUGUAACAUGCUGAUAUAUUAAAUUCUAAUCAUAC